AUUUAGAUCUUUGUUUGGUGUGAAAGCAAACCUGUAUCCCCAAAGUUCCAUUUUCUGUGUCUACGUUUCGGUUUUCAAUUUUCAUAACGUCAGUGAGGCAAAGAUGAACAACUUCUUCGAAUCGGUCAGUGCCUUCUUCUCCGGUGGAGAUCAGCUCCCAUGGUGCUCUCGCGACAUCAUUGCGGGUUGUGAGAAAGAAGUUGCUGAGGCUCCAAAUGAUGCCUCUGAGGACACAAAGAGUGAGGGCAUCAUGCGUUUAUCUUGGGCAUUGGUUCAUUCUAGGCAACCAGAUGAUGUGCAGCGUGGAAUAGCUAUGCUUGAAGCUUCAAUAGGGAACACUAACAGUCCAUUGCAAAGGAGAGAGAAAUUAUAUCUUCUGGCUGUUGGCUACUACAGAAGUGGUGACUUUUCAAGGAGUAGACAGCUUCUUGAACAAUGUUUAGAGAUUGCACCAGAUUGGAGGCAAGCUUUAUCACUGAAGAAGGCGAUUGAAGAUCGCAUCACAAAAGAUGGUGUGAUCGGAAUCGGAAUCACUGCUACUGCUGUGGGGCUUAUAGCUGGUGGAAUUGCUGCAGCUUUGGUCCGAAGGAAUUAAUCAUCAUCAUCACCAUGUCUAUUGUCUACAUCAACAAUAACAUCACAUAGACCCCUUUUUGUUGACAAAACAGAAACUAUUCACAUUUCGCAGCUUUGAUUGUUUUGAUUUAGUAUUUGUUGCUGUGUAGAAGGUUUUUUAUUUUAUUUUUUGAGCUUGAUUUUAUAAUAAUGUAGUGCGUGUAUACAUCCAUUAUUAACACAUGCAUGCAACUUGCAAAUGUUGAGAUUGCAUCGUUUUA